AUGCCAACGGAAGUGGUCAAGGGCGUCGAACCUAGUGGGUUACCUAUGUCUGAGGAAGAGGUCGUUGGGUCUUCACCAUCAUCCACCAACUUGGCGACCGAAUCGAAGGGUCACAAGCAGAGUACUUUCAAGACCAGAUGGCAACAGCUGCGAGACUGGCACAAGAAUGUUUGGCCGGGGGCUAACUUGCCUUCUUCUUGCUGGGAUCUUCAUAUUGGGUUUGAUACUGUGGUGGAUCGUUCCGCCAGGACUUGGCUCCAAUACAUGGGAUCUCUUCAUCGUCUUCUUAU